AUGGGCAUCAUUGGUUUGACUACUCGUCAAGGACAUGCAGUUCCAGACAAUCAAAACUCGAAAUCUGCUGGAAGUCGAGGUCCUCUGAUGCUGCAAGAUUAUCAUUUUCAGGAGAAAAUGUCCCAUUUUGUUCGUGAACGUAUUCCAGAACGAGUUGUGCAUGGACGUGGUGCCGGUGCCCAUGGAUAUUUUGAAGCCUACGGAAGCGCUGGAAACGAGACGAUUGGCAAGUACACCAGAGCAAAGCUGUUUGACACUAAAGGCAAGCGCACACCUGUGUUUACACGGUUUUCUACUGUUAUUCAUGGUGGUACUUCACCCGAAACCUUGCGUGAUCCCCGUGGAUUCGCAGUCAAGUUCUAUACCGAAGACGGUAACUGGGAUCUUGUUGGUCUCAAUCUCAAGGUGUUUUUUAUUCGUGAUUCCAUCAAGUUUCCCGACAUGGUUCACAGUUUGAAACCCGAUCCAGUCACAAACAUUCAAGAUCCAAACCGUGUAUUCGACUUUAUGAGUCAAACUCCCGAGUCAACUCAUAUGCUGACAUUUUUGAAUUCGCCAUGGGGUAUUCCUGCCGACUAUCGCCACAUGCACGGAAGUGGUGUCAACACAUACAAGUGGGUCAACAAGGAAGGCUUGGCACACCUUGUCAAAUAUCACUGGAUCUCCAAACAGGGCAUCAAAAACCUCAAGCAAAGCGAGGCUGACGCAAUUCAGUCCAACGACUUCAACCAUGCUACAGAUGAUCUGUAUCAGUCAAUCAAGCGAGGCGAGUAUCCAGAAUGGGAGUUGAAUGUACAACUGUUGACAGAUGACGAGCACAGUGAAUUGGAUUUUGAUCCUCUUGACGAUACCAAACUGUGGCCAGAGUCGAUUGCGCCAAUGCUUCCAGUUGGACGUAUGGUUCUUGAUCGUAACCCAGUCAAUUAUUAUGCCGAGGUAGAGCAGGCGGCAUUUGGAACAGGAGUUUUGGUUGACGGAUUGGAUUUCUCGGACGACAAGAUGUUGCAAGGUCGCACGUUCAGUUAUGGUGAUGCACAACGAUAUCGUCUUGGUGUCAAUUAUUUACAGCUGCCAAUCAACAAACCUUUGAACAAGGUGGCAACCAAUCAGCGUGACGGUACAAUGACAUACUUUGUGGACGGUACAGAUGCAGGCGAGAAUCCUCAUAUUAACUACGAGCCAUCCAGUCGCAACGGUCUUGUGCAGCAGCCAAAUGUAUAUCCAGGACCUGUGCAUGAGCCUGUUUUACCCGAUGGAACCAAGAUUGGACGCGCACCUAUUAAUCGUACGAAUCCGUUUGCUCAAGCUGGCGAGACUUACAGGAGUUUCGAAGACUGGGAACGAGAUGAGCUUAUUAUGAAUCUUGGCAAAGCACUUGCAGUAUGCAACAAAGACAUUCAAGAGCGCAUGGUGCAUAACUUUAGUCAAGCCGAUAAAGAUUAUGGUGCACGAGUUGCCAAAGCGAUUGAAGAUAUUUCUUCAAAGGGAUCCAAGGAUGAACCCAAAAAACCCGAAUAG